AUGUCCCCCCACCGCCGCGUAGUAGUAACAGGCCUCGGCCUCGUCACCCCUCUCGGCACGGGUGUCGCCCACUCCUGGGAGCGCCUCAUUGCUGCCCACUCCGGCAUCGUGUCCCUAAACGGCCGCAUACACCCGGAGACCGGGACGACCUAUAACGGGAUCCCGUCGCAGGUCGCUGCGUUGGUGCCGAAGCCGGGCGGCGUGCGGGGUGAGGAGGACGUCGGGGUUUUCAGGGUCGAGGAGUGGUUGACGAAAGCGGAAUCGCGGAACAUGGCACCGUUCAUGCACUACGCAUCAAGCGUGGCACAACAGGCACUCACCGACGCGGGCUGGGAAACGAGGACAGCGCGUGACAAGGAACGGACAGGGGUGUGUUUCGGGUCCGGGAUUGGGUGUCUGGAGGAUAUCGCUGCGACGGCGGCGUCGUUUUCAGAGAGUGGAUUGAAAAAGAUAUCGCCCUACUUUGUUCCCAAAAUCCUCAUCAACCUCGCCGCGGGCCAUAUCAGCAUGAAACACGGGCUUCAGGGACCUAAUCACGCUGCAUCAACAGCCUGCACGACGGGCGCGCACUCCAUAGGCGACGCGAUGCGGUUUAUCCAGUAUGGGGACGCGGAUGUGAUGGUUGCGGGUGGGGCGGAGGCAAGUGUCUCGCCGUUGGCUAUGGCUGGAUUCGCCAAAUCCCGCGCUCUCUCUACAAAGUACAACCACGACCCCCCCUCCGCCUCCCGCCCCUUCGACUCCCACCGCGACGGGUUCGUCAUCGGCGAAGGCGCCGGCUGCGUCGUCCUCGAAUCCCUCGAGCACGCUACCAAGCGUAACGCCCGCAUCUACGCCGAGAUGCGCGGGUACGGCCUCUCCGGCGACGCGUUCCAUAUCACUGCACCCCCCGAGGACGGCAAUGGCGCGGCGAGAGCGAUGUGCAGGGCGUUGGAGACGGCGGGGAUGAGGAGGGAGGAGGUGGAUUAUGUCAAUGCGCAUGCUACUAGUACCGGGUUGGGGGAUCUGGCGGAAACGAGAGCGAUCAAGAGCGUGUUUGGACCCCAUGCCGCCAACCUCGCCGUUUCAUCCACCAAAAGCGCGAUCGGACACCUGUUGGGUGCCGCGGGCGCCGUCGAGGCCAUCUUUACCAUUCUCGCCAUCCACCACAACAUCCUCCCACCCACACUCAACCUCCACAAUGCGUCCCCAGCGGAAGAGUUUUCCCUCGACUAUGUGCCGCUUGAGGCGCGGAGGGUGACCAAGGAGGGAGGGGUGCGGGCGGCGUUGACGAAUAGUUUUGGGUUUGGGGGGACGAAUGCUUGCUUGGCUUUUGCGAAGUAUUUGGGAUAA